AUCUUACCUCUGGACUAUGACAACCAUUCUGAAUCCAUGGAUCAAUCCUGAAUCCCGAAAGUGUUAAAUCAUGUUUCUUCCGACGCGGUUAAAGUCCAUGAAGAAAAGGGCGCGCACAGGAACGCAGGAAAAUUCGUACAAGAUGAGAGAUCGACAUCGGAGAUCGGAGCGCUCGCCGCGGAGAACGUUGGUCAGCUGAGGAUCCAUAGAUCGCUGAAAAUCGUUGUUAUUGGAUCAUCAAAAUCGGAGACGAUACGAUACAGCUACUCCGGCGGCGAGCGCGAAACUACAUCCCGCAUGUUCAUCAAGAAUACUCAGGAGAAGUGCAGUGUAUAAAAACGAAUCAGACUCAUUCCGCUCAUCGACAACAAAGUGACGCCAAAUUGUCUUGCAUCGGCUUGCUUAUGAUUAUCUCAAAAAAGCUGGUGAUUUCCACAUGAGAUUCUAUCGUCGAAGUUAAUAAGAUACUGUGUUAUGUCUCAUUUUCGCAUUUGAGACGACACUGGUCGACAAUCAGCGGGAGUGAGUACACAAACAGAGAACAUUCAGAUUACCAUUGGGUGCUUUACAAACAUGACAGAGUCAUCGCGCGAUCCUGAGGUAACUGAUCCAGAAAAUGCCGACAACGGUAGGACAGCAUUAAACCUGACAUGCUCAACGACCAGUAAAAGCAAAAAACCUCUUCCGGAUCGUGGAACAUGGAGCACCAAGUUGGAUUUUAUUCUCAGUGUGGUUGGUCUGGCAAUUGGUCUUGGCAAUGUAUGGCGAUUUCCAUAUCUCUGCUACAAAAAUGGCGGCGGUGCUUUUCUAAUCCCUUAUUUCUUGACAUUGUUCCUCGCCGGUAUACCCAUGUUCUUCAUGGAACUUGCUCUCGGACAAAUGCUUACGAUAGGCGGCCUCGGAGUCUUCAAAAUAGCGCCGCUCUUCAAGGGCAUCGGUUAUGCCGCCGCGGUUAUGUCCUGCUGGAUGAAUGUCUAUUAUAUUGUUAUCCUGGCUUGGGCGAUUUUCUAUUUUUUCAUGUCGAUGCGCAGUGAGUUACCUUGGGGCAGCUGUAACAACUACUGGAACACUAAGAACUGUGUGAAUCCCUACGAUAGAAGUUCGCUGUUUUGUUGGUCUGAGGUUUCAGCCCGGAAUGGUAGCGUCAUCAAAAUGUGCACGGUCAAUCACAUUAACGUGACGGUGGCGGAGCUUACGGAUCCUGUGAAGGAAUUCUGGGAACGUCGAGCAUUGCAAAUCAGCGAGGGUAUCGAAUACAUGGGCAAUAUUCGAUGGGAAUUAGCGGGUACAUUAUUGUUAGUGUGGAUAAUCUGCUACUUUUGUAUCUGGAAGGGUGUUAAGUGGACCGGCAAAGUCGUCUAUUUUACUUCUCUCUUCCCAUACGUGUUGCUCACUAUCCUUCUGAUUCGUGGCAUUACGCUACCCGGCGCCAUGGAAGGCAUUCGGUUUUAUAUCAGUCCAAACUUAUCUAAGCUUCGGGAAUCCGAGGUAUGGAUCGACGCAGUGACGCAAAUCUUCUUCUCGUAUGGUCUUGGGCUCGGCACUCUGGUAGCCCUUGGUAGUUACAAUAAAUUUACCAACAAUGUCUAUAAGGAUGCGUUGAUCGUCUGUUCGGUUAAUUCGUCCACUAGCAUGUUUGCGGGCUUCGUGAUAUUCUCGGUCGUAGGCUUUAUGGCGCACGAACAACAGAAACCAGUCGCCGAAGUGGCAGCUUCUGGGCCGGGCCUAGCUUUUCUCGCUUAUCCAUCGGCGGUUCUUCAACUACCGGGCGCACCACUUUGGUCUUGCUUGUUCUUCUUCAUGUUGCUGCUCAUCGGACUUGAUUCCCAAUUUUGCACGAUGGAGGGCUUCGUCACAGCUAUGGUGGACGAGUGGCCUCUGCUGUUACGUCGUCGUAAAGAAAUUUUUAUUGCUAUCGUGUGCGCCUUGUCAUAUCUCAUCGGAUUGUCGUGCAUCUCUCAAGGUGGCAUGUAUGUCUUCCAAAUCCUCGAUUCAUACGCUGUCUCUGGCUUCUGCCUGCUCUUCCUUAUCUUUUUUGAGUGUAUAUCAAUCAGUUGGGCAUUUGGAGUGAAUCGAUUCUAUGAUGCCUUGCGUGAUAUGAUCGGAUACUAUCCUCUCAUGUGGUGGAAAUUUUGUUGGACGAUAACUACGCCGAUGAUUUGCAUUGGCGUGUUCGUCUUCAAUUUGAUUCAGUGGACACCCAUAAAGUACCUAGACUAUGAAUAUCCCUGGUGGUCGCAUGUGUUAGGUUGGUUUACAGCUCUAUCCUCCAUGCUUUGUAUACCCGGAUACAUGGUUUAUGCGUGGAUGACUACGCCAGGCGAUAAUAGGACUAAAUACAAAUUAUUGAUCCAAAUAGAGGAUGAUGUUGCAACUCUGCGAACGAAGAUGGGUCAACCACCAGUUGAGCUAACACCGCUAUAAUUUUUAUUUUGAUUGGGCAAUGAGCUCAUCUAGUACGAUAAUGUAGCCGUUUACUAUAUCCCGUCAAGAGAGAGUAUGCGAAUUAUAAGAAAUUAAAAAAGGAAUUUAUUCUGUAAAAUAAUAAAACUCUUAAUCUUUGAAAUAGAGAAAGCAAAUUUUUAAAAAUUGAUUAAAAAUUAAAAGAUUAUUUUUUUAAUAUUUAUAGAAAAACAAAGCGCAAUAUUAUCAUAUUAAAAACGGACAUUUUACGCACGGUAAAAUAUUUUUUAAAUUAAAUUAAUAUUGAAGUUUAUAUUAUAAAAUAUAAUUUUUCACAGAAUAAGUUCUUUGUAAUUCCUCUUAAUUCACUCACUUUUUAUAGGAUACCAUAAUAACGGUUACAUAAAACAACGCGCACAGUCGCGAUAGAUCGUCGAGAUCUAUUAUCUCUUUCAUUCAAGACGCGACUCAACGCAAAGCGGAGAGCCAGCAAUCAAACAAACACAUCCGACACUGCCCUCGAUCCCUUUACACCCACUUGACAAAAAGCUUCGCUGGCUUUGUACAUAAAUUAUUUAUUUGUCAUCGUAGUAAUUAUCGUAUAAUCUCCGCAUGGUAAGAAAUUUGCGAAUGCUCGCGACAUUCUGGUUGAAUCAUCUGGAUUCAUUGUGGGAUCAAAUGGAAUUUGCGGAUCAAGAUCCUCAUCGAACGGUACUAAAAUUGAUUUUAUUAUGAAUAAAUUAUUUAAUGAAUUAAUUAGAUAUGAGACAGAACGAAAUUGUUAUAUUCUAAAUUAUUUUUAUAUGAGAUUUCUCUCUCUUUAAAAACAUUUUUCUUUUAUUUUUUGAUUUUUUUGUGGUAAAAAUUUUCUGUCAGAUUAUUAUUUAUAAUAUAAAUAGAAAAUGGAAAUUCAAUUAAUUGUUAUUAAUGCUAACAAUAAGUGAUAUUAGUCCAGUCAAUAAUUCUUACGUAACAAUAUUCAAUGAUCACAUUAUUCAUUAAACUUGUAUCGUGACAGAUGUUUUCGCACUUAUUGUUACGCUUAUAUUUUUGCAUCAAUUUAAUGUGUCGCAUUUAACAUGUGAAGUGUGGCUGCGUCUUUUUUUCAAAGAUCAUAUUAAUUUGAGAUAAAGCAAAGGCAUUUCGUCCGCAUUAUGUUACCGUUACGAAUUAUUGUAAGUAACAACGAUGUAGGCAUUAAUAGUCAUAUGAUCAAAUUUUUCAUUGUUUGCAAGUGGUUGGUAUCAAUAAUAUUCGAGUCUUGGAAUCUCUAGCUUUUCUGGCUGUUCACGACAAGCGAACGAACGAAUAUGAUUCCAAUAUUGCGCAUAUUUAUGCUGCCAUAAAUAUUAUAAAUAGACGCGUUGUAUUAUCGCUCUUAUUUAAUAAAUACACAAUAGUGUUAUGUAAUUUAUUUCGCGUACCUGUCGUUAGAUCUGCAGCGUCGGUAAAGCAAUAGUAGCGAAAUAGCGAGAUAUCGGAUAGUAUCAACGCAUGAUGGUCGUUGUAAUAUCAUGACAAAGUUAAUAGUAAAAUAAAAGUAAAAUAAAAUAUAUAUAAUUUUGAUAUUAUUGCUACCAUUUGUAUGUGGUACUUGUGUCUCAUUUAACAUUAAUAUGAAAUGUCAAGAGUGAAGUCUAUUAUAUAUGCAGAGAUAUGAAUAAUAUUAGUAAUAAUACUAAUAAUAAUACUAUAAUUUAUUCUAAAAUUACAAAAUUAUAUUUUUCAAGAAUACAUGCUCGACUUUGCAGCGUAAAUUCGACACUUAGUGCGCAAUAAUUAAAUUUGCGUAAUAGGCAUCGAUAUGAUAUUGAAAUAAUUAUUUAUUGUUAGCAAAUCAAUGAUCCCCCAAUUCAUUGUA